AUGAAUGCUCUGCGCAGGGCCCUCUCUAAUGGUGUUGGGGUUAUAAAUGAUGCUGAUACUGGGUAUAUUUCAUACAUUGGGCAGAAAGCAACCAUCAUACAAUACGAUCUGGAGGAGAGAUUGUGGAAAUUGCGAAAUGUAAAUGAUCCUUAUCUCAUUGGUACAUCUACUGCAGGUCUAGAAACCUACAUCAUGGGUACCCAUAACUGGAAAAUAAGAAAUGAUAAAAACUGUAAAGAACUUGAGUCAGUAUUAUUGACCUUAUCUACCUGCAAAGAUACAGAGUUUGCUUGCAGUAAUGGGCUAUGCAUAGAUAUAGAGAAAAGGUGUAACAGUCGCACAGACUGUAAGGAUAAAAGCGAUGAGGUUGGUUGUUUCCGUAUUAGUCCUGAUAAAUCCUACCAGAAGCAUAUUGCCCCUCUACCACCAUCAACUCAGAACUCUUCAAAAAUCAAAAUUGAGGUGUCUGCUGACAUAGUGGAUAUCUUAGAUAUUGAUGAGAAAGCUUCAAUAUUCCAGAUUCAGUUCUAUCUUCAUUUCUCUUGGCUUGAUAGCAGAUUGACAUUUUUUGAUCUGCGUGAUAAUCCUGCACUAAACAGCUUAUCACCCCAAGAAAAAGAACUUCUUUGGAUUCCGGUUCUUGUAUUUGAUAAUACUGAGAAUAAGGUGACCACUCUGGUGGAUGAUAAAGCUACUAUUACAAUCAGAAAAGAGGGAAAAUAUUACCUCUCGGGACUGGAUGAACACAACAAUAGAAAAAAUUACCAAGGAGCAGAAAAUCUUAUCAACCUGUCUCGGUUCUACAAUAUUCGAUUUCUGUGCAAAUAUGAUCUACGUUGGUAUCCUUUUGAUAUUCAAAUCUGUCAACUCCGAUUAUCAAUGUUUGGUGAAUCUGGGGAUUUUUCUGCAUUAGAACCUAAACUUCUGAAUUUCUUUGGGGAAAGAUCUUCUAAAGAGUUUAUUGUUGAGAGCUUCUUUAUGAGGGUAUCUGAAACUGAUGAGAAAACAACUCUGAAGGAAAUGUAUCACUCUGUUAAAAUUGGCACUUAA